AUGUCUAAAACGCGUAAUGAUGACAGUUCUCUGGGUAAUCAACCAGAGAAGAAACGGAAGUUUAGCCCUGAUUUUUCGGGGAUUAGCGCCGUGAUUGUGGAUGUUGGUCUUGGAAAGACUAGAACUGCCAUUUUGGCCAAACAGCUUGAAAGGCAUGGCGGAAAACACAUCAAAAAUUUGGAUAGCGCCACCACACACGUGAUAGUCGACAAGAAAAUGAAACUAGAGAGAGUGAAAAAGUAUUUAGGGGUGAAAGAUAUUCCUGAUAAAGUCAAGGUUGUGGAUUCUGACUGGUUGAGCAACUGUCUUUCUGAGGGAAAUCUCGUAGAGAUAGAACAUUACAUCUUGGGCAAAGUUUGCCAUGAUAGUAAGAUCAAAUCCACUCAAAACCUGUCAAGUAAUGAAACUUUCAAUGUGGAACAGACCUCAGGGCUGGUGGCUGGUGACUUAGGACCUUCCGGGUCUAAACGUGAUGUAGAAACCGGAACAACACAUGAAAUAAAGUCUGCAGUUCAAGGAUCUCCAAGUAAAAAGGCUUCAUUAAAGACUCAAGUCACAUCUGCUGAUGAUGACAGCGAUUAUGCAGACAGUGGAGAUGAAGGAAGCAAGUCUGGGAAAUCACCAGUUAUUACGCCCAAUGUUUCACCAGAAAAGCUUUCAAAAAAUUUAGUCUGUGCUCAGGCUUCCACAUCUCACCAACAAAACCACAAUCAGUUUAUUACAGAGAAGUUGCAAAUCCUGGCAACUUCUUAUGCCAACAGCAAGGAUCAAUGGAGAGCCUUGGGAUAUAAGAAAGCCAUUGCGUCAGUCAAGAAUUACCAUAAGAAACUUGAGACAUGGGAGGAAUGUAGCAGUCUUCCAUUUGUUGGAGAGCGGCUUGCUAAGAAGAUCUGGGAAAUUGUUGAGACUGGGCAUUUGCGUAGACUGGAUCAUGUGGAUACCAAGCAAGAGGCCAUUAACUUGUUUGCAGGUGUUUGGGGUGCUGGACCUACGACCGCAGAGGCUUGGGUGUCUCAAGGACUGAAAACUUUGGAAGAUCUGAAAAAUCAUGGGAAGUUGACACGUCAACAGGAAAUUGGCUUGAAAUAUUAUGACGAGUUUCUUGAGAGGAUGCCACGAGAAGAAGCUGGACAGAUUGAGGAAGUCGUCAAGAAUGCAGCAUUAGAAAUAAACCCAGGACUGGAAGCUUUUGCUUGUGGAUCUUACCGCAGAGGAAAACCAACUUGUGGCGAUGUUGAUGUCAUCGUAUCUCACCCAGAUGGAAAAUCACAUGAGGGUGUCAUGACAAAACUGCUUGAUAGCCUGAAAUCCGCAGGAUUUCUGACAGAUGAUCUUACAUUUGCUGAAAAUGGCGAACAUAGAAAAUAUCUUGGUGUUUGCAAACUUCCUGGUGAAAACACAAAACACAGGCGCUUGGACAUCAUUGUGGUGCCUUACAAUGAAUGGGCAUGUUCACUGUUGUACUUUACGGGCUCUGACUACUUUAAUAGAUCAAUGAGGCUGCUUGCUAAAAAUAAUGGCAUGUCAUUAUCCGAACACUCUUUAAACACAGGAGUAGUUCGAAAAGGAGGCGAAAAAAUUUUUGAAGGAACACCACUUCCUGUGUUCAGUGAAAAAGAUGUGUUUGAUUAUCUUGGAUUAGAAUAUAGAGAACCUCGUGAGAGAGACUGGUAA